AUUGAAAUGUAUUUUUGUCGUUAUAUGGUAUUUGACACAUUAGCCAGAUCUGUUUAACAAGACGUCGUCGAUUUGUUGACACUAGGCUCUGCUCAAACCCAUUGGCAAAGUGUUGAUGACGAUGAUUUCGUGUUUAUAAGUGAAAAACACAUGGCUAAGGUGUAUUUCAAUGGGCUCUUUAUGAUUAUUGCUUCACUAUGGAGUGUGCAGGCGGAAAACGUGUACGAGGCACAACGACGUCUGGAAACGGUCCUUUUUGAGAACUAUUAUAAGAAAGUAAGACCAGUUGUUCAUCAUAGCGACAAUGUUACGGUAACUGUUGGAUUAUCGUUGAGUAGAAUUCAAGACAUGAAUGAUAAGAUCGAAGUUCUAACUCUUAAUGUAUGGCUUCGACAGGUUUGGAAUGAUCAUCGUCUGACUUGGAAUAGCUCUGACUAUGCUGGCAUAAAACAACUACACGUCGAUUCGAAGAAGAUAUGGGUUCCUGACCUUAAAGUUUAUAACGAAGUUAGUUCACAAAAAAACAGUGGACUUGAUCUGCUACAUACAAAAGCUAUCGUAUAUUUUAAUGGUUCUAUAAAAUGGCUGUCUCCGUCUGUCAAGAAAUUGUCUUGUAAUGUCGAUAUGAAAUUUUUCCCAUAUGACACGCAGAGAUGUUAUCUGAAGAUUGGAUCGUGGACUUACGACGGUUUUGCAUUGGAUUUAAAACGCGAGCACUUGGAAAUGGACGUUUCAAAAUCUCUUUCGAAUCAUGAAUGGAAAUUGAUUGGUACAAACGUAGAAAGAAAUGUUAGAAAAUACGUUUGUUGUGUUGCACCUUACCCCGAUAUCACUUACAUCCUUACGAUAAAGAGACGCGAAAGUAGUUAUUGGUUUAACUUUGUAUUUCCUGGCAUGUUUCUGACAGUGUUAACAAUGAUGAGCUACGUCACAGCUGCCACCGACACUGGCGAAAGAAUUAGUUUAGUUCUUACGUCACUCGUAUCCAUGUUUUUUUUCCUGAAGUUAGUGAGUGAUCGAACACCUGCCUCUGACACAAUACCAUUGCUGAGUAUCUACUUUGUUGUUUUGAUUUUUGAGAUUGGCUUGAUUCUAUAUUCUGUUUGCGUGUCGUUGAAUGCUUACCACAAGCACCCGGCCAUGGGAGAUAUGCCCAACUAUUUAAGAAAUUUCGUGUUGAAUGCACUUGGAAACGUGUGGGGCUUUGACGGCGAACGAAAACGCAUUAUGAGGAGAUUUGGACUCCUUAAUAACACGUCAAAGAUGAAGAUUAGAGUUGUAAAGGAGUUGGAAUGCAUGAAAAAUGGCUUAUCUUACUCUGAUGAAGAAUCCAAAGAAGAUUUAAUUUCUGUUGAAAGUAGAAAAUGUUCACACUCUCUGGAAAACAAUGGGGAUUGUUCGUCGCAGAAAGGGGGUUGGGAAAGGAAAGGUAUGGAUAAGGUACGCUCGUGUACUUGUAGGAGCUGGAUCGAACAUAUGAUAAAGAGGAACAAUCGAUUAUUGCAUGCGGUGCGAGAACUUGUGUUCUAUACCUGUGAGAGGAAUAAGAACUCGUCAGAAGAGGAAACCUGGCUAAUUGCGGUGACUAUUUUGGAUAGAGUAUUUCUUGUCGUUUUUACUUUAUCUUUCAUUGUGUUGUCACUUAUAAAUUUUUUGUGGUAAAAAUUUAAGGGCUAGCACUCUGAGCCUUUAUAAUGCUUUAGGGGCUCUAUGUGAACACUGAACAAACUGUAUUUUAUAAAAUGGGAAGAUGAGGUUCUGUACAGAUCUCGUCAAUCUGUUUCUUGCAGACAUUUUACAAGGAAUUAGCAGCUUUAAGACAGACUAUAAAAGCAAUUAAGGGCGCAAAAGAAAGAAGACGAGCAAUCUGCUUGAUGGAUAAACGACGCGAUUAAGGCAGAAUGCUAAAGCGAAUGUUAAGAUAUCUAAUAGAAAAAAUUUUCCUCAACUUAUAUAAGAGUAUAAAUGAAGUUAAAAACUUCUGUUAAUAAAAAAUGAAAUAUUCUAUAAGAA